GAUCACGAAUCACUUUACCGUUUGCAAAUCUGAAUCUCCAUUAGCAAAUUUUGGUAUGUAGUAAAAACGAUCCUUAAGUCUUUGGGAGUAUGAUGAAUUAGUGACAAUGUGAGUCUUUAAUAUUUGAAAUAAACUUCUUUUUAAUCACGUGAUUCUGUUUAUUGUUUGGUUUUGGUUUCUCAGUUGAGGGGUGUUACAAUGUGUAGAAUUGUGUGAAAGGAAACGAUUAAUUAAGUGAAAAAAAAGGCUUCAUUUAUAAAUAUUCGUGAAGUUUACUAUUUUACUGCAAUAAGGGUCACCCCUAAGGGAGUAUCAUACUCCCAUCAUGGCUCUUUACACUGGAGACUGGACUCCUUUAGGAAAAAAUAUUUACUACAGAAAAGUGGAAUUAUAUUCAAUGCAAUGGGCUGAUCAAGUAAAUUUAUCAGACUUCAUUGUAGCUGCAGCCCCUUUCGGUGGACCUAUUGCUUUAACACAAGAUAGAAAGAAAUUUCAAAAAGUUCAGACCAUAAACAAAUCCUAUAUUUACAUUUAUUCUGCUUCUGGGCAACCCAUCUCAACUAUUAAAUGGAAUAGUGGACCUUUGGUUUACAUGGGUUGGUCUUCAAGUGAGGAUCUUGUCUGUGUCCUCGAGGAUGGAAACAUACUUCUCUAUGACCUGUUUGGAAAUAUUAUUAAGAACACUAGCAUGGGACAAGAUGUAAAAGAUACUAAGGUUUUAGAAUGCAGAAUCUUCCAUAGCCCAAAAUUCUAUACUGGUGUUGCAGUAUUAACUGGGGCAUACAAUAUAUUUCUAGUCAACAAUAUUAAAGAUCCUCGUUUGAGACGAAUGGCAUCCAUACCUGGGCUGGAUGCACCACCUAGCAGUUGGGCUGUUAUUGCUGAAGAAAGAAAUACAAAAGUAUUGGUAGCAAAAGAUGCACAGUUAUAUGCAUUGUUGCAAAAUGAGGGAAAGUGUGUGCAAAUGUUUCCAAAGUUCAACAAUCCAAUUAAUGCAAUUACAGAAAUAACUGUGAGUUGUAAUAAUCAACAUGUUGCUUUGUUUUCUGAUAAUGGAGCCUUGUGGAUGGGUUCUGCUUCCUUAGAGAAAAAAUAUUGUGAGUUUGACACUCAAACAAAAGCUCGACCUCAACAGCUUGUUUGGUGUGGUACAGGUGCAGUUGUUGGAAUUUGGCAAAUUGAACUUGAAAAUAUUAUGUUAGUCAUUGGCCCAGAUAAAGAUUAUAUGAAUGACCUAUUUUAUACACCUAUUCACUUAGUUCCUGAAAUUGAUGGCGUUCGAAUAAUUAGCAACAAUACUCAUGAUCUUCUACAAAAAGUACCAGAUGCUGUUACUGAUGUAUUCAGAAUAGGUUCUCUUUCACCUAGUGCUUUGUUGUUAGAAGCAUCUAAUGAAUUUCGAAGACGUAGUCAUAAAGCUGAUGAAUAUAUUAGAAUGAUAAGAGAAAAGAAUGAAUUGGAAGAAGCAGUUGAAUGCUGCUUAAAGGCAGCUGGACAUGAAUUUCUGCCAUCCACUCAAAAGAUGCUUCUGCGUGCUGCAUCCUUCGGUAAAAACUUCAUACCUGAUAUCAAUCCAGAACCAUUUGUUAAAAUGUGUCAAACAUUACGAGUUCUUAAUGCUGUUCGAGUUAGUGUUAUCGGGUUACCAAUUACUUACACUCAAUUGCAGUUUUUAACAAUCCCAGUUCUUCUUGAUCGCCUGGUCCUGAGACGGCAUUAUUGUUAUGCUAUUUGUGUUUGCCAAUAUCUGAAAAUACCAGACACUGAUGGAGCUAGUCGUAUACUUGACCAUUGGGCUUGUUAUAAAGUGAAACGAACUAAUUUAGAUCCGGAAUUAACAGCUAUGGCUAUUGCCGAUAAAUUAGGAUCAACUCCUGGGAUUUCAUAUGCUGAGAUAUCAAAUAAAGCUAUGGAUUAUGGGCAUCCAUCUCUAGCAGUGAAACUAUUAGAUUAUGAAACAAGAGCAUCUGAACAAGUUCCUCUUCUCAUUAAACUUAAACAAGAGACACAAGCCAUGGUGAAAGCUAUUGAUAGUGGUGACACUGAUUUGAUAUAUACUGUUAUCCGCUACUUGAAAACAACAUUGUCCAAAGGUGAUUUUCAUAUGAAAAUUCGACAAUUUCCUGUAGCUCACAGUUUAUAUACAAAAUUGUGCAAGGAGCAAGAUAUUACAUUACUUCGAGAAAAUUACUCACAAGAAAGUGAUUUUAAUUCAGAAGGCCACUGCUAUGUGAUGGAGAGUUUUCAAACUCAGAGAAUUGAAAGGCAGACAAGUUGUUUGUUGGAAGCUGUAAACUCAUACAAGAAAGCUAAAAAUGAUUUCGCAACCCAGAUUACUGAAGAACAGUUAAAGUUACUGAAAUAUCAAAUAGGAUAUGAAGAAAAAUUCCAUGAAGAUUUUAAAAAUUUGUCAUUGCACCAAACAAUGAAGCAAUUACUGAUCCGUAGAGAGUUCAAACAUGCUGAAGAAUUGCGAAAAGAUUUCAAAGUUCCUGAUCGUAGAUAUUGGUGGUUACAUAUAACUGUUUUAGCUGAUGGAGGUGAUUGGUUGGAGUUAGAGAAAUUUUCCCGUUCCAAAAAGUCUCCAAUAGGCUAUGAGCCUUUUGUUGAUGUUUGUGUAAAACAUUCUAACAUAUUUGAAGCUAAAAAAUAUAUACCAAAAGUAAAGGAGGAAAAUCGUGUAAAAUAUUGCAUAAAAGCAGGAUUGCUGGAAGAUGCUGCUAAAGCUGCUUUUGAAAAGAAGGAUUUAGCAUCUCUGAAUCAAAUUCAGGGAAUGUGUGGUGUCAUGGAUAGAACUUUGUCAGACAAAAUCACUAUGAUGAUAUCACAGUUGUCAUCGAGGAAAUAAAUUAUUUUUAAUAAAUCAUUAGUUUUUCAAUGAAA